AGAUGGCAAAGACUGCAAGUUUCCUUUUCGCUUUGGCGGGUUGAUUUAUCACCAGUGUAUCUCUAUGAACUCUCACAAGGCCUGGUGCUCUCUCACACAUAACUUUGACCGCGACCAGAAGUGGGGAUUCUGCAGUUCACAAGCACGACUCUUUAAUGGGCUUCUUCCUCCGCGUCGCGGGUCGAGUCUCUGUCGGCAGAACCCGUGUUUGAACGGCGGCAUUUGUGCGACGGCCGCUCAUCUGAACUCGUUUGAUUGUGUUUGUCCGGAUGGAUUCACUGGAGCUCUGUGUGAAAAGAAGAAGUGCUACGAGCCGCUGCAUCUGAAGUACUAUGACUUCGGAGACUCGUGGGGACGGAUCUACCUGCGCUCCGUAGAGCUGUGCGCGUGCCUCAGCGGAAGAGUGAGCUGCGAGCGUGCGCGUUACACGGCGUGUUCGAGGAAUCGCUGUGAAAAUGAUGGAGUUUGUAGGAUGAUUGAAGCCACUGGUGAAGAGGUGUGUGGAUUUUUUGUAUCCCCCAUUCAUUUUAUAGGAGAGCCAGGAGAGCAGUGUUACGGUGACUCAGGCGCUCUGUACCGCGGUGUGGUGAACAUCACGGUCUCGGGCUCCUCUUGUCUGCCGUGGAACUCAGAUCUGCUGUUCACAGAGCUGACGGUGGAAACGGUGCACAGCGCCGCCCGCAGGGGUCUCGGGGAACACGCCUUCUGCAGGAAUCCUGAUCAAGAUAAGCUGCCGUGGUGUUACACGAUGACGGAGAGAGCCGUUUCGUGGGAGUACUGCGACAUCAAGCCCUGCUCCAAACCAGAUCCUGAGCUUCUCAUGACUCACAACAGCACGGGCCGCAGAGGUCCCAUCGUCGCCGUGGCCCCGGGGCCCUCCCGCAGUUCUGUCAGGACCCCGGCGUGUGGGAAGCGGCAGGAGAAGCGGAUCAGUCGGGGUCGAAUCCUGGGCGGGACGUCUGCAUUACCCGGUGCUCACCCCUGGAUGGCAGCGCUGUACAUCGCAGACGAGUUUUGUGCAGGAACGCUGGUCUCCUCCUGCUGGAUCGUGUCGGCCGCUCACUGCUUCCUGCGCAAUCCAUUAAAGUCACAGAUUCGGGUCGUUCUCAGCCAGCACUCCUUUAACGACACCGGUCCCAACACCAGGAACUUUGCUGUUCAGGAUUAUAUUUUAAACCCGCGUUACACACAGUUUGAGCCGACCUUAAACGAUAUCGCUUUAGUGAAGCUGAAGAAGGUUGACGGACGCUGCGCUCUGAAAACGCCCUUCAUCAGGCCCAUCUGUCUGCCGGGGAAACACAUGACGUUCCCCGAUCACUCCUGCUGUAAGAUCUCAGGCUGGGGUCACAUGCACGAGAAGGCAAACUCGUACUCUCACCUGAUGGAGGGAGUGGUGAAGAUCAUCCCGUUCGAUCAGUGCUCGUCUCCAGACGUCUACGGGUCAGAGGUCAGGUCGGGGAUGCUGUGUGCGGGAAGUGAGUCCUGUGUGGACGCCUGUCAGGGCGACUCGGGCGGUCCGUUAGUGUGCGACUGUGACGGCGUGAGUUUCCUCUAUGGGAUCAUCAGCUGGGGAGACGGAUGCGGACGCUCGGGAAAACCCGGCGUUUACACCCUCGUGCCCAAAUAUUCAGACUGGAUCAACAGCGUCAUCAAAAAAUCCAGAAAAACAUCCCAAAAAGCAUCAGUGAAUAGAACAACAAUAAACAUUUGUAUCGGGCGUCAAUGCCAAAGAUAAAACAACUGUGACUUUACUAUUAAUGUAUUCAUGAAGGCUUUCCAUUCCAGUGUUACUGAGUCAUACUGAUGGACGUG